AUGGCUCCCCAUGUCAAACGGAUCGUGGGAAUCGACAGCUCACUCAACAUUAUCGAGCACUUCAAAAAGGCCUACACACACAUUGAGUCGCGUGUUGUCGAUUGCCGACAACUAGAUCAAGAGUCCGACCUCACAACCGGGAGUUCCGACAAGCUCUUUUUGAACGCUGCCGCGCUCAAGCCGGGCGGUCUUCUGGUCAAUGAGUCUGGUGCGCUAGGAAAUGUGGCCGGAGUGCAUUCCGGAAUUAUCGGUGGUCUAUUCACUCGGGGUGGGCUUACCUGGGUCAAGGGCGAGGUCCAACUCAGACAGACAACGUUGACGGAGAAUGAGAAGGGUGGUGUUGAAGGAUGGAUUGGUCUCUUUAGUGAGCCCUUUCUUGAACUCCCCCCGACGACUGAAGCACGCGACGCAGCCGUCAAACACGCCGUUGAUGUUCUUGAAGCUGUUGGAAGAAAGCAGCAUGAUGGUUCCUUGACUGCCAAUUACACUUGCCUUCGCUUCGUUGCUCAAAAGCCAGAGUAA